CUCAGCAUGUUUUGACAUCAGCACUAAACCAAACAUUUUGAGUUGGGUUGUUUAUUAAUACACAUUUUAAUGCUUUAAGAAAAUUCUAAGGUUUAAAAUGGGUGACGAAGAUAUAAUAAAACAACGUCUUAUUAUUGAUGGCGAUGGAACUGGAGAUGAUCGACGAAUAAAUAUGUUAAUGAAGCAGUUUCUGAAGUGGAGCCAUUCUAAAAAUGAUUCACCUGACCAAAAUCAAAUUAUAUUUGAACGUUUGGUUGCUCAACUUGCACAAUGCAAAUUAGCUGCUGAAAAGUCGGCAAAGACUAGUAAAAUGAUUGAAAAAGAAUUGGCUAAUUAUCAAAAACUCUCGAAAUCAAUAGAAGAAAGUAUUAGUAAUGCUAAGCAAGAAAUUGAAGAUAGCAAAAUUGAAUUGACUGUUGCGCAGCAAAUUAGAAAAAACAAGUUGGAGUAUGACAUGCUAGCUAAGUUAAUUAAAGAGCAACCAGAUCGUAUAGAAAUUACACAGCAAAUUGCAGCUCUUAAAAAAGAAUUAACUAAAUUACUUGAAAAGAAAACUAAGCUGGAAUUGAAAUUCCAAAAACGGCGUAACGAUUUUACGAUUCUAAUGUAUGCUAUUCAUGAACUUGAAGCACAGUUAAAAGAUGAUGAACUUCUAAGCAAUAGUAGCAAGAGUGAUGAGGAAGAUGAUGAUGUUAUUAGUGAGAACGUAGAUAUAAGUGAUGACGAGGAUCCUGAAAGUUUAAUGGAUAUCGAUAAACAACAGGAAAGUAGUAAUAAUGAUGAUGAAUCCUCUAAAGAAAUCAUGUCUGUUGAUGAAGAUGCAGUUUUAGAGUUAAGCAUUGAUAGGGAGUUGAACGAUGUAGUAAAAAUAGAUGAGCUACAUUAGUUAAUAUAUUUUGUUUUUUUUUGUCUUACUCAAAUUUAUGUACAGACACAAAACUAGAUUACCUUAAACGCAUGAAAUAUAUGGAUGUAAACAUUUGCUUAUAUAUGUACAAUGUA